AUGAAGCUCUCCAACACCUCCACGCUCGUUGCCGCGCUGGCUCUGGCUGGCAACGCUGCUCGCGCGCAGCCGGCGCCGUCGAGCUCGUCCGUCGAGGCUCUGCCGGCAGUCAAGGCAUCGUCGAGCAGUGCGGCGCCUGCGCCCACGUCCACGGUUGUCACCACACAGACCACCACGCAGACAGUCACCGCUGUUCUGCUCACCUCAGAGGCGCCCGUCGCCUCGUCCAGCUCGAGCGGCGCCAGCGUGAUGAUCACGUCGGCGAGCGACGCGAAGCCCUCUGCCAAGCCGACCAGCUCGGUCGCGGGCGCUCGCCGUGCCGCACCCUACCACCUCCGUCGCUCUGCCCAGGCGAAGGAGGCGGCUGCGGCCCAGCCGCGCAGCGCUUCGAUGCAGCGCGUGCGUCGCUCGCCGCUCUUUGCGCCGCUGCUCGAGCCGCUGCUCGCUGGCAGCGCCUCGGCGCAGCCCACCGCCGCCGCUGCCACGGCGGCUGCCGGUGCCGCAGCAACGCCCGAUGCCAGUGCCAUCUCCCAGGCGAUGGCUGAGGCCGCCAGUGCCAUCUCGUCUGCCGUCGCUGCAGCGGGCGCCACUGCCUCCUCGGACGCUUCCGCUGCUGUUGCGACGGCAGUGCAGUCCGCCGCGGUGGCGCCCUCGCGCCGCACCUGGUACGGUCUGCGCCGUCGCGCGGACGACGAAGACACGCCAGCGCCGGCUCCCAAGGCCAAGGCCACGCCGACGAAGGCCAAGGCGAAGCCGAAGCCCAAGGCGACUGCCAAGCCUAAGCCCAAGGCUAAGGCUGCAGAGGAAUCCGAGGAGCCCCAGGACGACGAGCACGACGGCGAGAUUGCCAUCACCGUCACGCGCACGUACUACGUCGACGACCAGGAGGAAGGGCGCCGCCACGCGCACACGCGCGAGGCUGCAGCGAAGCCCUCUGCCACUGCGGCCAAGGUCGCGGCGGCCGCCGCCGUGCCGACGGCCGCCGGACAGGCCCCGUCCGCUGCUGCGGCUGUGGCGCUGAAGCCGCGCAUGCAGAAGGUGCAGCGCCGCCUGCUCAACCUCGGCGCAUCGGGCCAGGAUGACGGCUACUACAGCGCCGACGCCGACGUGCAAGCCGACGCGCAAGUCGAGGUGGGCAACCUCAAUGCGCAGGCCUCGUACAAGGCGGAUGCACCCGACAGUGACGACGAGGACUGCGAGGACGAUGAUGCCGCUGUCAACGUCAACUGGGAGCGCCGCGAUACAUUUGAGGAGUCCGACGAGCAGCCGGGCAUCUCGCUGCAGGACCUGCUCGACGAGGAGACGUCGCUGCGAGAGGACCUCGAGGAGUUCAAGAACUCGAACCCCACGCUGAGCGCUCAGCUCGGCGCGCAAAAGCGCCAGGUCGCCGGCACGGACGCUGAGCUCACCGGAGCGCAGCAGGCAGCGCUGCAGAGCCUUGUGCAGGGCCUGCAGGGCUCUGUCGCUGGUGUGCCUCUCUCUGCUGACGGCGCGACUGCGGCGGUGUCCGGCGCGGCCGGCGCAGCUUCAGGCGCUGCGUCGACUCUUUCAGCUGCGCUCUCGCAGUACUUCCCAGGCGCCUCGGCUGCACAGCUGCAGGGCCUGGCUAGUCUCGUGGGAUCGCUCUCCAGCACUGGCACUGCGCAGGCUGGCCAGCUCGUCGGCUCGCUCUCCGGCCAGCUUCCCGCCGGCCUGUCCAACCUUCAGGGCUUGACGGGCGCCGGCUCGGGUCUCUCUGGCGCUCUCGGAAGCGCCGGCUCCCAGCUGCCCAAUCUCGGAGGCAUUCAGUCGCAGCUCGGCACGGCAGCUCAGUCUGUCAGCGGCCUGCUCCCGAACGGCCUCAACAUCGCCGCGCUGCAGCAGCAAAUCGCCCAGGCCCAGGGCCUCACCCAGGGUCUUCAGGGUGCGCUUCCGCAGGGCCUGUCUCUCGAUGCACUGCAGAGUCUGCAGGGCGCACUGCCGCAGGGCCUCUCCGCGGGCGCACUCUCGGGCUUGACCCAGAACCUGCCGACCGGCGCUCUGACCAGCGCAGCAGGCGGCAUGCUGCCGCAGCAAGCCUCGCAGCUGCUCAGCUCGCUGUCUGCCAGCCAGCUCACGCAGCUCCUCAACGGCACGCCGCUUGCCUCUGUGCUCGGCGGCUCCGGCCUCGGAGGCCUGACAUCUGGUCUUCCGCUGGUCGGCGAUCUUGGCGUCAACCGUCUCGACGUCAAGAGCAUCCCCGGCGCUCAAGAUGUCGCUCCGGCUGCGACCGCCGCCACGGCAACGGGCUCGCUCGUCGCUGACAUGACUCCGGAGCAGCUUACUGAUCUGGCUGCAGCCAUCAGCCAGCAGCAGGCCGCGCAGUCGUCCGAUCCUCUCACGGCCGUCAAGCCGAUCAUGCCGUCGACCGCGUCCGGCUACCUCCCCGCCGCCGCGUCGUACGGCGCUCCCGUUGCUGCUGCCUACGGUCAGGCUGCCGCGGGUGCGCAGCCUUACCUUGCCCCUGCGCUGGCGGGCUACGGCAUCUACGGUGGCUCGGCCGUCACUCCCGCGCCUCAGUCGCCUGCUGCCGCACUGUCGGCUGAGGACCUCGAGCGCGUCAAGAGCGUGCUCAGUGGCGCUGGCAGUGCGCUGCCCUCGCCACCUGCGGGUACGCCGGCCAGCAGCGAUGCCUGGACGCCGCUCACUGCCGCUGCGGACGCUGCCGCUACCGUCGCUGAGCAGCAGUCGGAGGCCGCCGACGGCGAGCCGCCGCUCCUGGGCGACGCCGCGGGCAACGCAGUGACGCCCGCGCAAUACGUCAAGAGCCUCACCUCGGCGCAGGUCAGCGAGCUCACCAGCCUCCUGCUCUGGGGCAACUCGACGCACAAAAACGAGACGGUGCUCAACCCCAGCAACAAGACGGCCGAGUCGAAGUCCUUCGUCGCCCAGGCGCCGCUUCCCGGGGUCACUGGCGCGCUGCCGCAGCUGCCUGCGGGCAUUCAGCAGGCUCUCAACGGCGGCGGUCUGCGCCUCGACAGCGGCACCCUUAGCCAGCUCGCGGCACAGGGCCUCAACGUCGGCCAGCUGCAGUCGCUGUCGCAGCUGGGCCUGCCGCUCGACACUUCCACGCUCACGAGCCUGGCCAGCCAGGGCAUCGACAUCGGCUCGCUCGCGGCGGCCGCGCCGAGCCUGCAGGCCCUCACCUCGAGCCUGCCCGCUCUCCAGGGCCUGUCGGGCGCGCAGCUCAGCCAGCUCCAGGGCGUGCUCGCCGGUCUGCCGCUCGCCGGCCAGCUGCAGGGCACGGCCGGCGGCCUGGCCGCGCAGGGCCAGGGCCUGCUCUCCGGUGUUGCCGGCGGUGCAGGCGGCGGUCUUGUCUCCGGCCUGUUGAACAAGCUGCCGCUGAACCUCAAGCAGCAGGAGGGCGAGCAGAGCAAGGCUGCUGCGAGCGCCGCGUCGAGCCCCGCCACCUCGACCGGCAGCGCUGCCGCCUCGCCGACGACGAUGUGGGCGUCCGCCACGCCUAUCCCGUCGUCGCCUUCGAGCUCGUCUGACGCUGCAGCCGCAACCACUGCACCCGUGGCGGCCUCGACCGAAGACAACUUCCCUGCCGUCGAGCCUGUGCCGGCGCCUGCGAGCGACAGCAAGGCCGAGGAGACGUCCUCGGCCGCGCCAGAGCCCGCAGCGUCCGCCGCACCUGCCUCGCCCGGCAGCCGUGUCGCCGCAGCCGCCUGGAACAAGGACGAUGCACCUGCAGCACCUGCGCCGAUCGCGGCCGCCGCCGCGUCGUCGGCGCUUGGCGCUGCACCGCUUCCCAGCUCCGCCUGGUCCAGCGCAGCGGCCGCUGCAUCCUCCGCCGCCAGCGCCACGAGCGACGCGCCGCUGCCGAUGUGGACGUGGCACCCGGACGCCGAGGACCGCAUGGUCGAGGCCAUCGCCGCACGCGGAGCUCGCCCGCUCUUUGCUGUCGAGGCCCGCGCCAUGGACGAGUACUCCGAGGUGCAGCGCCACCGCGGCGCCUUCUGGACCCCGCGCGGCAUCGCUCAUGCCCUUGGCCUUGUCGCCUGA